CCAGUCUAUGAGUGGCGAGGACCUAUAUGACGUCAUAUAUGACGUCAUAUUUUCGGGAAUAUUUUUUCGGGGGUUUUUUGGAGUAUAACGUUUGCGGCACGUGGAUCACUUUCGAUUUUGUAAAUUUUUUGUUUCCGUGUUUCUAAAUGUGUUCCUAUAUUAAAAAUCAACUUUCACUCUGCUGAGCGAUCAUGGCUGCCACGGAGGAAAAAGCUCUUGCAACGUUGGAUUUGAUUGUUACCCAUGGGCCUACAAAACAUGCUAUCACUUUGCGUGCUAAAAAUGCAAGUGGCAUGUUAACUGUCCAGUCCCUGGCAGAAUGCAUUGAAAAAGAACUUGGAGUACCACGUAAUGCCCAAAAGUUGAUUCAUAAAGGUAAAUCAUUGCAAGAUUUAUCAUCCAUGCUAAUUUCGUAUGGAAUAAAAUCAGGAAGCAAAAUCAUGUUAAUUGGAAGCAAGUAUAAUCUUGAAGAAGAUCCAAACUAUAAGCAACUUUCGAAAAUAGAUGAUUCUGUAAAUGAAUUGCAGAAACAACUUCGAAUUCUGGAGGGCGAAUUUGAUAAUAUUAAACAGGGAUACUUGGAUGAAAAAUUUGCCUCGGAAAGCAUAAAAAAGCUGAUUAAGAAAACGAAAGGCAUAAUUGAAGAAAAUAUGAAAAAGAUUGAAUUUGUUGACAGCCUUGAAGUCGAUGUUCUGCUCAGGGGAAGAAGGAAAAACCUAGUCAUAAAAAUACAGUCUAGCAUUGACAAAGCAGACGAAUUUAUAGCAACGCUAAAUAAAUACUAUAAUCUUGAAGAAGAUCCAAACUAUAAGCAACUUUCGAAAAUAGAUGAUUCUGUAAAUGAAUUGCAGAAACAACUUCGAAUUCUGGAGGGCGAAUUUGAUAAUAUUAAACAGGGAUACUUGGAUGAAAAAUUUGCCUCGGAAAGCAUAAAAAAGUUGAUUAAGAAAACGAAAGGCAUAAUUGAAGAAAAUAUGAAAGAGAUUGAAUUCGUUGACAGCCUUGAAGUCGAUGUUCUGCUCAGGAGAAAAAGAAAAAACCUAGUCAUAAAAAUACAGUCUAGCAUUGACAAAGUAGACGAAUUUAUAGCAACGCUUAAUAAAUACUAUAACCUUAAAGAAGAUCCAAACUAUAAGCAACUUUCGAAAAUAGAUGAUUCUGUAAAUGAAUUGCAGAAACAACUUCGAAUUCUGGAGGGCGAAUUUGAUAAUAUUAAACAGGGAUACUUGGAUGAAAAAUUUACCUCGGAAAGCAUAAAAAAGUUGAUUAGGAAAACGAAAGGCAUAAUUGAAGAAAAUAUGAAAAGGAUUGAAUUCGUUGACAGCCUUGAAGUCGAUGUUCUGCUCAGGAGAAGAAGGAAAAACCUAGUCAUAAAAAUACAGUCUAGCAUUGACAAAGCAGACGAAUUUAUAGCAACGCUAAAUAAAUACUAUAACCUUAAAGAAGAUCCAAACUAUAAGCAACUUUCGAAAAUAGAUGAUUCUGUAAAUGAAUUGCAGAAACAACUUCGAAUUCUGGAGGGCGAAUUUGAUAAUAUUAAACAGGGAUACUUGGAUGAAAAAUUUACCUUGGAAAGUAUAAAAAAGCUGAUUAAGAAAACGAAAGGCAUAAUUGAAGAAAAUAUGAAAAGGAUUGAAUUCGUUGACAGCCUUGAAGUCGAUGUUCUGCUCAGGAGAAGAAGGAAAAACCUAGUCAUAAAAAUACAGUCUAGCAUUGACAAAGCAGACGAAUUUAUAGCAACGCUAAAUAAAUACUAUAAUCUUGAAGAAGAUCCAAACUAUAAGCAACUUUCGAAAAUAGAUGAUUCUGUAAAUGAAUUGCAGAAACAACUUCGAAUUCUGGAGGGCGAAUUUGAUAAUAUUAAACAGGGAUACUUGGAUGAAAAAUUUACCUCGGAAAGUAUAAAAAAGUUGAUUAAGAAAACGAAAGGCGUAAUUGAAGAAAAUAUGAAAAGGAUUGAAUUCGUUGACAGCCUUGAAGUCGAUGUUCUGCUCAGGAGAAGAAGGAAAAACCUAGUCAUAAAAAUACAGUCUAGCAUUGACAGAGCAGACGAAUUUAUAGCAACGCUAAAUAAAUACGUACGUAAAAGUUGUGUAUAGAAAAAUGCAGGGGGGGGGACAUUAGGCUCUUUACUCUGCAUGGAAUGUGGUUGUACAGAGUUAUGACUAUAUUAAAAAAGGAGCUACACUGACGUAUGAAUGGGAGGACUGGUAACGUGUAACAAAACAUGGGAUGGUCUCGCGGUCGUGAGUUUGCACCUGAGGAAAAAAGGCGGAGGGAGGAUUCGCAUUAUAUAUACGCAUCCAUGCAUUGUUAAUUUCAACAAUACAAGAAUGAGACAAACGUCAACAAGAUUUAUUGCUUCAAUGCAUGCUAAAAGGUUUAUAUAAUCUGUUCGUAAGGUCUACGUACGGUAGCAAGGCAUGCAAUAGAAUGGACGAUUUCAAUAUAAACUAAUUUAAAUCAUACUAUGUUUAACUCUUGGCCAAGGAAAAGCUUAUUUAUAAUUACCAAAUGAUUAUCAAAUUUAAUUUUUAAAAUAACUAUGUAAACACGAAACUAUGUCUAUUUAAAAAAGUAUGACCAUGGAAUGAAGAAAAACAUCCUUUCUCGAUAUAAAUA